CAAGACGGGUGUGAGCAAACCCAUGGAAUACAAGGUUAUGGAGGCCAGUCGCGCAGGGACUGGGGAGGGGGACCUACAGAGCAAGUCUGGCCGACAGGAUACGCCCACCGUGUCUCCCUCCCCUCCCCUUUCGCCUCCCUCCGUCGCUCGCACCCAGAUCUUCAUCUUCGUGGUGGCCUGCACACACAUCGUGUACGGCACUGCAACCAUCUACCUCACAUUGUGGAAGGUGCACAUGUGGCGCAAGUGGGAGGAGGACGCGCACAAGCAGCACGAGUCGGGCGACGUCAAGGUCAUGCAGAUGCCGGCAGAGUGGCUGUACAACAACCUGGGCCGCAACCGCGUCGUACACGCGGUGCUGGUGGUGCUCCGGCAGUGGACCACGUCCGUCAACCAGACCAUGUACCACAACGCCCGCCUCAUGUUCAUCGAGAAGAUGGGGCUGCCGUACGACUUCGACUUCCACGAGCUGGUGGUGAUGAGCCUGGAGGAGGAGCUGGCCAGGACGCUGCAUCCCGAGUGGCACCUGUGGUUGAUCGCUGUGGUGUGGUUCGCCAUCCCGCCGCCAGCCUACGUGUCGUACUGGAUGUACGGCCUGGCUUUCCUGGCGCUCAUCGUCAUCGGGGGCAAGCUGGUCGACAUCCUGGUGCAGCUGGCGGUGCAGGUCGCCAUCAUCUACGGUGACAGCGUGGUGUUCGGGCGCCUCAACCAGAAGCCCUCACACAGGCGCGACGCGCUCGCGCUCGGUCGCACCUCUCUGCGCGCCCGCGGCCUGGUGUCCAACACCUUCCGCCGGCGCUUCCUGGAGACACACGGCGAGAGCCUCGGCAUCCUGGGCAGCCCGUCGGGCGCGUCCAACGCCCACGGCGGCUCCGCCACUGACGACGACGGCGACGAUGCUGACGACCUCGGCGACGGCCGCGCGACGGUGGGCGAGGGCGCGCGCGCGGUGGCGGCGGCCAUGCGCGGCGCCGGCGCCGGCGGCAGGUCGGGCUCUGUGGUGGAGGUGGAGCGGCUGUCUAACAAGGCGCAGGCGGUGCAGCUGCUGCGCUCCUGGGCCUCCAGCUUUGCGGUCAGAGGCAGCGGCAGCAGCGGCGGCGGUGCAGCGGCGGCGGCGGCGGCGGAAGCAGCAGGCGAGGCGGCAGCGGAGACAGGGACAGGGACUGCGGGGGCGGUGUCAGGAGCGGGGGCGGGCGGUGAAGGGGAUGUGGAGAGGCGGACCGGCCUGUUUGAGCGGAUCAGCCCGCGCCUGUCAGCGCUGGUGACGCUGCCGCGAGGCGCAGCAAGCACCCUGGCUGCCGCGUCCGCGGCCACAGCUUCCACGGCAGCCGCAGCUUCCACGGCAGCCGCAGCUGCUGCCCCUGUUGCUGAUGCUGGCGCUGGUGCUGGUGCUGAUGCUGAUGCUGCGGCCGCAACCGGCACGGUUGCAGCCGACGGCGCAAGCGCUGCCGCUGUCGCCGGGCCAGGCGCAGCAGCGGCGGCGCCGCAGCCCGCAGAGGGCUCAAUGCCAUCAGAGGCCGCGGGCGUGGGCGUGCGGCUUGCGCCGUCGGCUCCGCCGCCGUUGCAGGCGCAGCGCGGUCGCCGCAGCGGCGGCGGCUUGGCUCGUGGCAGCGCCCCCGCAAUGGCAAUCUACACGCUGCGGAGCAUGCAGGCCGCAGCGGAGGCGCAGGCGGCGGCGGGUGUGCACGGAGCGGCGGCGGCGGCGGCGGCGGGCUCGGUGUCGCUGGCGGCGAUACAUGAGGGCGCCGCGCUUGACGCGCCGCCACCGCCGCCGCGGUUCCAGCAGCGCAACGGAGGGCAGGGCCGCCAACAGCACCCCCCGCAGGGCCGCCAUCCCCACCAACUGCACCUGCCCCACCUCUUUGGCGGAGGUGGCGGCGGCAGUGCCCGGCACAGCGGUGACAAGGGUGGCGGCAGGCGUGGCAGCGGCGAGUCGGGGGGCGGCGCUGGUGGCGGUGCUGGCGGCGGCGCGGCCGCCUCGCUGCAUUCAGGCGGCCAGGGUGCGGACGGCGGUCGGCGCCGGUCUGGCGAGGGCCUGGCGUCCUCCCUGCGCCGCUCCGUGUUUGAGAUGUUCCAACACGGCCACCACCAGGCGCACGGCCAGGGGCACAGUCAGGGGAAGGGGCAGUCGCGCCAGCCCCCUCAGCAGCAGCAGCAGCAGCAGCUGCGUCACCCGCUGUCGUCCGUGCACGCCGCUUUUGCCGCGCACCCGCCGCCGGCUGCGCCGCAGGGGCCGGGCCCUGUGGCGGAGGCCGCGGAGGCGGAGGAGCCGUCCACGCGGGGCGACAGCGGCCCCGACAGGACUGCUGCGGGAGGUGACGGGCCCGGUGGCGCGGCGGUGGGCAUUGCGAUGUGCCCCGCGCCAGCCGAGCUGUACGUGAACGGAACAGACGGGUCUGCAGGUCUGGCAGUAGCAGCAGCUGCAACUAUUGCUGACGAUGCGGAUGCCGCUGCUGAUGCUGAUGAUGAUGCAACAGCCAGGGCAGCUGCGGCUGUGGGCUCGCCCAGUUCGGCGCCGUGCAGCAAGGCGGCUACAGCCGAAGCCACGGCGGAUGCUACAACCGAUGCCACAACCAGCGGCCACCUCAGCUCCCAGCGCUCCGUCCAUUUGGAUGCCGGCAAGCUGGAGGCCGUCGGCAGUGGCGGCGGCGGCGGCGGUGGCGGCGGUGGCGGCGGCGGUGGCGGCGGCGGUGGCGGUGGCGGUGGCGGUGGCGGUGGCAGUGGCAGCUUGGGCAAGCCGCCGACGUUGGAACGGCUGCGGACGCUGUCGGGCGGGCGGCGGCGCGUGCCGCUGCUGCUGCGGCCGUGCUACUGCGGGGCCAAGUUCAAACCCAGCUCUAACACGUACGUGCGUGAGAAGCUGCGCAAGCACGCGGACGCGGGUGUGCACAACCUGGAUGCGGCCGACUUCUUCUGGUUCGGCCGCCCGCACUUCCUCACAUGGCUCUUCACGCUCGCCUAUUUCGAGAACUCGCUCUCCAUCGCCAUCUGCAUCUUCACGCUGACCGGGCGCUUCAAGUCCGCCGGCACGUGGGAGGAGGUGCCUCGCUGGGGCGUCAUCCUGCAGCUCCUGCUGGACCUGACGCUGGUGCCGCAGGUGGCCCUGGGCGUCCUGCCGCUGUACGCGCUGAUCCAGCCUCUGGGCAGCCACUGCAGCCGCCGGCUGCUCAAGGAGGCGGCGCGGGCGGGGCUCAACCCGCGGCAGAUGGGCGCCAUAGCGCGACAGCUCAACAUGCGCGUGGACCAGGCCGUCGCCUCCGCCGGCAAGCACGCCAGCCACCCCUUCAGCCUGGACGGCGUGGGCGCGGCGCUCUCGCGGCUGGUGGGCCUCGGCGGCAAGUUGGCACAGGUGCACCAGCAGGGGCCGCACCAAGAGCCGGCGGCGCACGGACACGGGGCACACGGCCAGCCGCCGCGCCGCCACAACAGCCGGCGCCGCAGCUACCUGGAGCUGUCGGACCUGAACGGCCGCGGCGGAUCAGGGCUGAUGCACACGCCCUCGCCGCGGCGGCAGCCCUCCUCCCUCGCCGCGGGACACACCGGCCGCAAGCAGGCAGGCCGGGGCGCAGCCCCCGGCGCCGGCGCGCCCGCGCCCGCGCCCGCACCCACACCCGCGCCCGACCCGCAACACGCCACUGGUACCAAUGGCGGCGGCGGUGGCGGCGGCUGGCUCGGCUGGCUGCGCGGCGCUGUGGGCGCCAAGCCGCACCGGGCAUCGCCCGGUCCGUCACACACACACCAGCCACCUCACUCCCAGUCACAGCCGCACUCGCAUGCGCACACGCACGGGCGCAUACACGGCCGGCCGCGGCCGCCGCCGGCUCUGGAGCUGGGUCCCUCUUUUGCGACGGCGCCGUCCGGCCGCACCGCCGCCAGCGCCGCCACGCCGUACAGCCUGCUGGAGGGCGGCGACACGCUGGGUCAGGGGCCGGGCCCGGGGCCGCGCUUCAACAUGUUCCGACACCACGGACACCACCAGCAGCAGCUGCACGGACACCCGCACAAGGGGCAGCAGCAGGGAACUGGCGGCGGCGGCGGCGGUCACAGCAGCCAGGGGCAGGGGCUGGGGCUGGGGAACGGCACAGCGCAGGCGCAGGCGCAGGCGGCGCCGCUGGCUCGGGUGAGCGCCGGCGGCAGCAAGGCUCACGGCGGGCACGGCGGCGAGGGGCUGGAGCGCACCAGUGUGCAGCACGUCAUUGCGUCCAUGAUCAACGCGCAGAGGGCCAGGGCCAAGGCCAUGGCAGCCAAUGUGGCCGCACACGCCGCAGACGCCGCGCACACGGCCGCACACGCCGCGGCAAACGCUGUGCCUGGCAUCGAGCCCAGCGGCCCCAGUGGCGCCAUUGAACCCAGCGGGCUCAGUGACAACACGCCCGCUGCACCUGUCAGCAGCACCGCAACAGCGUCCGCCAGCACCGGCGGCCCCAGCGUGCAAGGUGGCGGCGGUGACGGCGGCACUGGAGGACGCGCGUAGUUGUGCUUCUGGACGCACGGGAUACUGGUGCAUUGGCGGUGUGAACUUCAACCAACCUCAGUGCGUCUAUAUGGGUAGUAUGGGCUGAGGCAGGGCAGUAUGGGCUGAGGGUACUUCUGUUGUCCGGUGGCUUUAACUUCAAUAAGACUGGCGGACUGGGCGAGACCAGGGUUUGCUGUGCAGUGCGCACGGGGGGACAGGGCUCCAGGUAGCCGUAGGCAGUUGAGGCAAGGUGCGAAAUUCAUAUGGGUGAACAGAUCUGAGUGACGAGGUGUUGUGUGUCAUACUGUUUUGGGGCAGGGUGCGUUAUAUGCUGAGGCAGAGGGUCACCGAGUGGAGCGAGGGCGCGGCUGGUGCUUGGGCCACCAGAGGGAAGAUGUACGGUACCCCUUUCCAAUUGCGUAGCCCACAGUAAUAGUGGUCUGUUCAUAUCAAAACUUGCAAAGAGGGGCGAGAGAGGGGGAGAGGAGGUGUAAUGUGGGCAACCGUGGGGUGACGGGGAAGGUGGCGUAAGCAGGUGGGUGCGCGGGGGAGGGGAGCGCUCCGAGCCGCAAGUGUGGUGAUGCCUCGUGUGGCCGAGAAUGACGACGACGUC